GCGAGUAAGGCGUGGGGCUGUGGGUGGAGGCGGUAUCUAAUUGUCACGAGAUUUCAAUCUUGGUUCGUAGCUCAGGUCCUUGCCUUUUUGUUGCGGCUCUUUAUCUCAAGCUCCCCACUCUGGAGUCAUGAUGCUGAUGUGAGGUCCCAUCAGUGACCAACCAUCCAGCCACCAUGGGUCAGAUGCUCUCUGAGCCGGUGACCCACAAGGAGACGCACAGUCUCUGGUCGGAGGCGUACCGCGUGGGUUCCAGCUGUAUGCAGGGGUGGCGGGUCAGCAUGGAGGACGCGCAUACCCACAUCCUCUCGCUACCGGACGACCCGGCCGCCGCCUUUUUCGCCGUGUUCGACGGCCAUGGAGGCGAGAAGGUGGCGCAGUACGCCAGCAAACAUCUUCACAAAGUGGUGGUACGCCGCCCUGAAUACGAAAAGGGUCGCGUGCAGGAAGCGCUGCAGCAGGCGUGCCUGGAAAUCGACCGCAUGAUGCUGGCCGACGAGGUGCUGAAGGAUGACCUGGCGGGAACCACCGCGGUUAGCAUACUCAUCCGCAACGGCAUCCUCUUCUGCGCGAACGUGGGCGACUCGCGGGCCAUCGCCAGCGUGGGAGGUCGCCUGGAAGUGCUCUCAUUCGACCACAAACCCAACAAUAAGACGGAGGUGGAACGGAUCACGGCGGCCGGCGGCUGGGUCGAGUUCAAUCGCGUCAACGGCAACCUGGCGCUGUCGCGCGCGCUGGGCGACUUCAUCUUCAAGCGGAACGAGGAGAAGUCCCCCGAGGACCAGGUGGUGACGGCAUUUCCCGAUGUCGAGACAAGAGAGAUCACCAAGGACUGGGAGUUCAUCAUUAUGGCUUGCGACGGUAUCUGGGAUGUGUUAACGAAUCAGGAAGUGCUGGAUUUCGUGCGGACCCGCAUCGGCCAGGGCAUGGAGCCCGAGGACGUGUGCGAGGAUCUGAUGACGCGCUGCCUGGCGCCCGACUGCCAGAUGGGCGGCCUCGGCUGCGACAACAUGACGGUGGUGCUGGUCUGCCUGACGCCCGGCGGCUCGUACGCGGAGCUGAGCGCCCGCUGCGCGCAGCGGCCGCCGGCCGGCGCCGCCGCCGACAGCGACACCGAGGAGGACAACAACUGCCUGGUGUAGCGGUGCCGCGCGCCAGCGGCAGCCGUCCGCCGGGCCGGACCGGGCCGGCCGCGGCGGCCAGCUGAGGCCAGAGACGGCCAACGGCUCGGCCGGUCGGCCACAGCAUUCCCCGCUCAGUGGAAACGGCGUCGGUCCGGCGCGGUGCACCGCAGCCCAUCGGGGCACUGACUGCGCUCGUCAGCGAUGACACGGCCCACGGUCUGCCUGGAUACCAGCAAAUCGUCGCCACAUAAUAGGAGCUCUAGUCAGCUGGAAAAUCAACGUGACCUGACUGGAUAAGUGAUCAGCCGCUUAACAUCUUUCAAAUUGUAUAUACCUGGAACCCGAAUUGUUAGCGUUGUUGAUUGGUGUGUUACUGGACAAGUUUGAGAUCAAUCGUAAUAGUCGCCCAUGUUCGUGAUGGUGGCGAAAUUCCUGUUUCGCGUGUACCCGUUAGCUGUUUCUAUUGGGCAUGGGAUGACUGUAGGGGUCACCGUGUCGUGCUCUGUUCAAACCGAAAAUUAUUUUCCCGUUGUCCAUGGCUGAAAUUAAGCGACCUGGGAAGGGCAUCCAUUCGCCACUGUAAUACUCGGCACUUCAGGCCACGCAUAAAAGGCACGGUUGUGCGCUGUCAUUGCUCUGUUUCGCUGGGGGAGCUCUGGCCAUGCUGUGUCCAUUGCCAUGUGAGCGAGACGCGCGUGUGGUAGAGGACGUUGUAGGGAGGGUAUGGCUGGCAUCGGUGUGGGGUUGUGGUAGCGCCUUCGUAGUGUACACAUUGACAAAAUGAUGCCUGUGGAGCGGGUUGGCUGGUCAGAGCCGGUUAAGUUAGCAAUUAGGCUUCUGGUCUGCCCCAUCAUGCUUCUUCGCACAGCAUGGUGCUUGGGGGUGGGACCCAUGGACGCCGCUGUGAGUGGAUGUAUGAGGAAGCUGGACAUUGCUGGGCCGCGUCGGACGCUGGGCGGCAGGGAGCCCUUUGUGCGCCUCCUCAGGCUCUAACAAUGCGUCGGCCGUCACAUGCAAUAAGGUGGUGGGAUGGUAUCCCACAGCGUGCGGCGGCGGCUGGAGCAGGUCGGGGCACGUGUGACCGGAAGCGACACUAACGCCGGUGACACGUGCCGGGCCGGGGUCGCCUCGCCCUCCCUCGCCCGGUCAUGAUACCAGCAUGCUUCACCCAUUUCUGGUGCGUACAGUUAUCUAUGUGCUCGCGAUUGUACUUAAAUUUGUCCUGGCCGUGCUAUGUCUGAGCGAAUGUGUGGGCGCCGAGGGGCGCUCCUGGCCGGCGGCGAUGCUCUGCAGUGUGCUUGGCGCGCAGUGCUGCCGCGCUGCGACUGGUGGCGCGCCGCCCUCAUACAACAAAUCAUCAGUCAUGCGCAGGUCAUACCGCCGACUGCGCGCACCAUUAAUCCACAUUCCUCGAUACCGGAACCAGUGCGCACGGACGCUCGGUCGCUAUAAUAUAGACUCGCAUAUUUUGUCAGUUGUUGAAAUCUAAUAAAGGCAUGAUUAGGUUGUUUU